AUGAACUCAAAUGCUUUUUUUCAAGUAAAUCAUUUACGAAAUUAUUUUCUAAAUACAAACCAAAUUGAUAAUGAUUAUACAAAAAUUUCUACGAUUGAUCAAUAUUGGAAUUGGUUAGAAAAUAGUUUCAUUUCAAAUAUUCGUGCUCAACAAUGGUAUAAUGGUGAUACACCUAAGAAUUUAAGUGGUUUUAUUAAUGAUAAAUCAAAUCGCUUAAUUGGUAGAGCAAUAAUGAGACAAUUACGUAUAAAAUCAAAUUUAUGUCAAACACAAAUAGUAUUGAAAUGUAACGAAGAUUAUAGUUUUUUUAAUGAAGAAAAAAAUUCUUAUAAACCCGGAUGGAUAAAUCAAACAACACAAUAUUCUAAUUCUUCGAUUGAUCAAGCUUUCAUGUAUCAAACAGGAGAUAAAUUUGAUCAAUAUAUGUACGUUGGUGAUCUUGAAACAUACAGUUCAGGUGGUUAUAUCUAUGAAUAUCAAGGUCGUUUAUUACAUCUUCAAAGUAAUUUGUCUGAACUUCAUCGUUUAAGUUGGAUUGAUAGUCAAACACGAGCAGUAAUUAUUCAAUUAACUUUAUACAAUCCAAAUGUUGUAUUAUUUACUUCAGUUACUUUUCUUGUUGAAUUUUUAUCAACAGGUAGUUUAAUUCCACAAUAUCGUUUUGAACCGUUAACUUUUCAAGUUUUUACAUCAACAUUUCAAUUAGUUUGUUCAAUUAUGUAUAUGUUAUUUAUAAUAUAUUAUAUGAUAAAAGAAAUAAAAACUGUAAUUAAAAUGAAAUCUUCAUAUUUUUAUCGUUUUUGGUCGUACAUUGAUGUUGGUAUUAUUGGUUGUUCAUGGGGAAUAUUAGGAGUUUAUAUAUGGCGAUAUCAAAAAUCAACUGAUAUUGGUAAUCGUUUUCAAGAAACAAAUGGAUAUACAUUUAUUAAUUUGCAAAUAGCAACAUAUAUCAAUGAUAUUCUAACUUGUUUAUUUGGGUUUUGUUGUUUUUUUGGUACUUUAAAAUUUCUUCGUUUAUGUCGAUUUCAUCAACGUUUAUCAUUAUUUACCGAAACACUUCAACAUGCAAAAAAAGAUUUAUUUUCAUUUAUGAUUAUGUUUUUCUUUAUAUUUAUGGCUUUUCUAACACUUUUUUAUCUAUUAUUUAUGGAUAAAAUUUGGAGUUGUUCAACAUUAUUACAUACAGCACAAAUGCUUUUUGAAAUGAUGUUAAUGAAAUUUGAUGCAUAUGAAUUAACAAAUGCUGCACCAAUUCUCGGACCCAUUUGCUUCAGUUUAUUCUUCUUAUUUGUUGUAUUUAUUUGUAUGACUAUGUUUAUUACUAUUGUAAGUGAUAGUUUUCGUAUCGUUCGCAAGAAUACAAAAGUUAAUUAUAAUGAAGAUCAGGCAAUUUUCGAAUUUAUGCUUCAUAAAUUUCAACGUUGGAUAGGAUGGAGAAAAUUAUAUGACGUCGAAUCAUUUGAGCAAAGCUAUGAACAAUUGCGUGGAAAAUACUCUGAUCCAGUUGAGCAUUUUCCUAAUAAAAUAGAUCAAUUAUUAAAUGCACUCAAUCGACUUUAUAUAAGUCAACAAAAUAGCACAAAAAGUGAGAAUCAAUAA